CUGGUUACCUAGCCUUAGCAACGAAAAGAAAAACAAGACGACCAUUCGGCCUUGGACGAUUUCUUUAAUAUCCUGUGAAUUCUAGCGAUCAUUUUUGCUUUGGAGAAUGAGUUCUCAUGAAGAGGAAGAGGAUGAUGGCCCCUCUGUUGAUUCUGCGGUUGCCGAGGAGCGUAUUGCUGCCCGAAGGCUGAGAAUUCAACGGCGUUUGGAGGCCGCCCGAAGGCAAGCCAGUGGCCAGGAUACGGACACAAAGCAGCCGGUAGACUCUGAGACAGAUGCCCUAAAGAGUAGGAAACAGAUGGAGGAUAGUCGACAGCGACUGUUGAAGCUGAAAACAGAUGGCACAGAGCUGGUGACAAAUGUAUCUGUCGCUGCUGAUGCGCGGGAAGCAAUGCGUCGCCUGGAGGAAGAGGAAUCCCUCAGGCAAAGGAAUGAAAAACUUGAAGCUGAAAUUAAGUCAGCUGCAGAGAAAUUUGAAGAGAUCACUAAAAAGUGGGAGUAUGCCUUGUCCAAAGAGAUUCCUCAAGAUCUUCACUCUAUGCUUACAGAGCAAAAGUCUGCUUGUGAUGCCAUGUUUGAGGAGAAAGACAAACUUAUCAAUGAUUUCCAGCAGGAAUUGAAAGCAAAAGAUGACCAGUAUGUGAAGGACUUGAAGAAAGCUGCGGAGGAUAUUGAUUUAAUGAUAGAAAGAGAAGAAGAACAAGUGAAGCAGUUGACCAAAGCUUACCGCGAAGAGCUCACCCAAAUUGAGAAAGCAUUUGUGACUGAGAGAUCUGAGCUGAUAGAAAACAACCGCAAGAAAUGGGAGAGUAGUAUGCAGCAGAGGCGGGACAAAGAGGUGGAAUACAUGGAGGCUAGGCGCAACCGUGUGGAAGACUAUGAAAAUCAACUGCAGACCCUGCGAAUCCAGGAUGCCGAAGAAUAUAACAUGGUUAAGAUUAAACUAGAGACAGAUGUCCAGAUUCUGGAACAGCAGCUACAGCAGAUGAAGGCAACAUACCAACUCAAUCAGGAGAAACUCGAGUACAAUUUUCAGGUUCUUAAGAAGAGGGAUGAAGAGAACACUAUAACUAAAUCACAGCAGAAGAGGAAGAUUACAAGGUUACAAGAUGUCCUGAAUAACUUAAAACAAAAGCUUGCAAAGCAAGAACGCCAGUAUAGGGAUGAAAACCAAAAUCUUACAGACGAUUAUAAGCGGAUAACAGAGCAAUUCAAAGAACUGCAGAAAAAGUCAAGGCACUUCCAGGCAACUGACCAGAAAAAGUUUGAGGAUAUCUGGAACAUGAAUGAGGAGCAGGUGCGAGAUCUGGUGCACAGUGUGUUGGAAGAAGACCGCAUUAUAAUGGAGCAGCAGCUGGGGUUACCAUGGGAAGCACCUCAGCUGGAAGUCUUAGAGACCCGGAUAAGACCUCAGGGGUCUGCCACAACCCGUGAGAAACAAGCUUCUGCAACAGAGAUUGCUCAUGAAAUAAUGACAGCAGAGCUUCCUGAUGAGGGUGAGAGUGAUCCAACUUCAGAUACGAUAUCUCAGAAGAGCAAACUACCCGCAAGAGUUAUAAAAUCAGUGCUGGAACUCGUAUGUGAUGAGUCGGGUUUCCUGGUGGAGUCCAAGCUGAACACCUUGCUAGCGCCUCUGGAUAGAGAUGAGCAAUCUCUCAUGAAGUUGGAUGCCAUUUUUGCUGCCUUGGGAGUCGACACAGAAGAAGACAUCUACCUACUUGCUCAAUACUUCAUCAAACAACAAUCUGAAGAAGAUGCCGAUGGCGAGGACCAGCCCACUGAAGGUGACCGCUCACGGGAAAAAGACGUAGAUGAGACGAAAGAGGUUAAGGAGGCAGAGGAGGGUUCUAUUGCCAUGACAACUGACGAGGAUCACAUGUCGGAUAUAUCAUCUGCCCGAUCAAGGAAGGCUGCAGAUGGUAAGCAACUUAUACACCCAAAUGAGCUGAUCCCAGCGCUAAGACGAUUCGUCCAGGAUCACCGACAACCACAAAGGGAGACCAAGAAACAAGCGGUCAAGACAGGCCACGGUGCUGCGAGAGAUCUAAAUCCCUUACCUGCCAGACACAGUCCAGGAAAAGAAGGAAGACUGGUCCCUGGCCUUUGUACUUUGUAGAAGAGAAUCCAUCCUUAGUGCAGCGAUUGGAGAAGGGGUGUUCCCCACGGAUCCAUUCUCGGUCCACCAAUGACUGAAACCUAGAACCCAAACAAUGACCCAAAUACACCUCCAAUGGUACAAUCGCAAACAAUAGGACAACAACAAUAAGAAAUUGAACAACAUCUAAAAGUGUUAAUUAAACCAUAUAAAAAACAAAAAGAAUCCGAUUUUAAUGAGUGCGAGAAAGCAUAGGUUGAUAUUUCAAUACACGUUGUAGUUGUGUAAAUAUUAGAUACAUAUAUAUGAUAAAGUAUAUAUCUUUUUUAAUUACUGUCAUGAUUGUAAUUUUAGAUAUGUAUUUUUAUCUUUAGAUUUAAUAAAGACAUAUUAUGAUUAUA